AUGGCGUCGGUAUCAUCUUCAUCUACUACGCGGCAAUCUUUAGAACAAGGCAAACGCGAGAACAUGUCUCCCCCAUCUGAGAAAGAUCUUGACCAAGGGCCUAAUGAACCCACUGAACCAGUCGCUACCCACGAGGAACAAUGGUUAACUGGCUUCAAGCUUUUCAACGUCACGGCUGCCGUCACCCUCGUCUGUCUUCUUAUCAUGCUUGAUACGUCUAUAGUAGCUACGGCUAUUCCCCGUAUCACGAGUGAAUUCCACUCUCUUGCCGAUAUUGGUUGGUAUGGAGGAGCGUAUCAGCUUGGAAGUGCGGCUCUCCAACUACUAACCGGCAAGAUAUAUAUGAACUUCAGCUCUAAGUGGACUUUUGUGACUUUCUUCGGCAUCUUCGAACUAGGAUCCUUGCUCUGCGGUGUAGCAAACUCUUCUAAAAUGCUUAUUGUUGGACGGGCAAUUGCUGGAGCGGGAUCAUCGGGAAUUCUAAAUGGGGCUUUCACCAUUCUCGCUGGAGGUGUCCCCAUGGCGAAGAGGCCAACUUUAAUGGGAAUUGUUUAUGGUGUAUCAAAUCUUGGUCUGGUAAUGGGACCUUUGGUUGGGGGAGCACUUACACAGUACACAACAUGGAGAUGGUGCUUUUAUAUCAACCUCCCGGUUGGCGGUCUCGUCGCUAUCAUGUUAGCUUUUGUCGACAUACCCGAACAAAUGCCCAAGCCAAAAGCCUCGACAGUUAUCCGUACACUCCACUCGAAACUCGACCUCAUAGGAUUCGUUCUCUUUGCGCCCGCGGCUAUCGAACUACUACUUGCUCUACAAUACGGAGGAUUACAACUGGCAUGGGAUAGUUCUCAAAUUAUUGGGCUCUUCUGCGGUGCUGGCGUCACCUUUAUCGUAUUUCUAGCCUGGGAAUAUUAUAAAGGAGACGAAGCAAUGAUUCCAUUCUCAAUGAUCAGGAGGCGGACUGUAUGGACAAGCAGCUUGUCAUAUGGACUUCUAAUGUCCCAGCUUUUCUGCCUAUCCUAUUACUUGCCUGUGUACUUCCAGGGUGUCAAGGGAGCAACCCCGCUGUUAAGUGGUGUAUAUCUACUUCCAAGCAUCCUGGGUCAGCUCUUCAUAUCUGUUCUUUCUGGUUGGCUAGUUGGGAAGGUCGGCUACUAUCUCCCAUUUUCUCUUAUUGGGGCGGCUAUGGUGACAAUUGCCAACGGAAUAUUAUCUACUCUGUCCCCUACAACAUCAACAGGGGAGUGGAUAGGUUAUCAAAUCAUUCACGGAGUCGGUCGUGGCUUGGGGAUGCAAAUGCCGAUUCUCGCUGUCCAGAAUACACUCCCGCCCGCUCAAGUUUCCGUCGCCAUGGCGCUUCUUAUGUUCUCCCAGAAUUUUGGCGGAGCUCUAUUUCUUAGUUUUGCUGAGACUAUUUUUUCCAACAGCCUGAAGACGCUCAUACCCGAAUAUGCGCCUUCCGUCAACCCCGAGACCAUUAUUAAUGCCGGCGCUACUGGUUUCCGGUUGGUUAUUAGCCCGACCGAAAUCGCCAACGUGUUAGUGGCAUACUCGAAGAGCAUUGACCGCGUCUUUUACAUGACCGCCGGAAUGGGUGUACUCUAUUUCGUCUUCUCGUGCGGAACUGGCUGGAAGGACAUCAGGAAGAAGAAUGAAGUCUCAAAAGCGUAA